UACGUUGACAUGGAAACAAAACAAGAAAAAUUGACAAAACUCUCAUUUCAUUCACGAUUUACCUUUCAUUAUACUUCUAUACAAUUUACUCAUUUCAUACAUUCCAAGAAGUGAAACAUGGCACGUUCGCCCGGUCUACCUUUCCUACCCGGCUUAACUUUCAAUCCAAACAUUGGACGCACGAAUUUUCGCAUAGAUCCUAAAUUUGACUUCAACGAAGGUGUACCAUGUUUGGUGGAAAAAGUUAAACCAAAUUUAUUUGGCCCUUUAACAGAUAAAUAUCCGUCAUUCUAUGCAAGAGGUGAAUGCAUUGAACUACCUUCAUGGAUUGCUUUUGAUAAGCAUACAUUGCGCUUCGACGCGUUCUUUCAACAAACUUUGGAAGAGGUGAAAGAUGCGCCCUAUGUGCUUCGCAAUGUACAAAUCUACUUUUUCUUGGAAGACGGAACCAUUCAAGUGAUGGAGAAGCAACAAGACAACAGUGGUUUGGCCCAAGGAACGAUGAUUGCGCGACAAAGGAUUCGUUUACCGGCGCCUAUGGAUGAUAACUUCUAUGAUAUAUUGGAUUUCAAUGUUGGCAGAGAGAUCGAGUUCUUCGGAAAGGUGUUCAAGAUCACCGACUGCGACAAGUUCACCCGGAAUUUCCUGAAUCGCGCUGGCAUAGCCAUCCCGGAUCCCAUAAACACACCGAACGAUCCGUACUUGGAUAAUCGUCAUAAGGAAACGAGAUGUCUUCUACCGAAGAAACCGAACAACAAAAUCGAUACGUUCGGACAGUUCUUGAAGUUCGAUAAGAAGAUUUUAAGAUUCUACGGUUACUGGGAUGACAGGGAUUCAGAUUUCGGGGAGUUUCACGAUUUGGAAAUCUAUUAUUACUUGGCUGAUGAUACCAUAGAAAUUAAAGACAUCAUCCCGCCGAACGGAGGUCGAGAUACUGGAUCGCUUCUGAUGAAACGAUCGAAAUUACCAAAAGUAUACAAGGGUCUUCCUGGACCUGGUCAAAAUGCUCCGGACACUAUUCUUAAUGUGCUGGGUUAUGGUUUAGCAGGUGGCAGAUACAUUUUCGAUUCCUUGAAUUGCGGUAAAGAGCAUGUCGAGUACUACAAGGAUAAAGACCUUUCGAUUGGUGGUGUAUUAAACUGUUUCGGUAGAAAAAUCGUGCUUACCGAUUGCGAUGGCAACACCAAAGAAUAUUACAGGGUAAAAUACGGCGUAGAUACUUUCGUACCUUUGGCGAAACCUGUUCAGGCUUUGCAUAAAUCGAAUCCUUUAGCUGAACGAGAAUUGCCACCUUGGAAUGGCUACGGUUCUUACGAGGAUUCCGCCCAGAAUUGCAUAACUGUAGAGAUGAAGGCGCCAUUGAAGGAUUUCAAAAAAUUCUUAAAAUACGAUCGGAAAGGCAUGGACAGUCAGAUUUUGCGAUACGCAGCCCGAAUGGUUUCAAGAAACGAGAAUAAUUGCCAAAGGAAAUUCAUCAUUUGCUAUUUCCUCUCGGAUGAUACUAUACAAGUUUUCGAAGUUGCUCGCGAAAACUCAGGCUUCGGUCCGGCAAAAUGCUUCUUUUCAAGGCAAGAAGUGCUCAUGCCUGGACAAGAGAUGUUUACAAGUAAACGACCGCAAUGCUACAAACCGCAACAUCUAUUCGUUGGGGCGCAAUUGGUGAUCAACAGUUUUCAUUUCAUUUUAGUAAAUGCCGAUGAAUACGCUCUCAGAUAUAUGGAAAUACAUGCCCAUCUGUAUCCCAAAAGCGAUAUAAACGUUAUUAUCGAAAAGCUGAGAGAAAAACUGAAACCUAUUUAUAAAGAUUUCGUAGGUGAAAUGAUACCCAAGGAGACAACAGCUUUAUCAUACGACACUUUAAGAUCAAAAUUAUGUCCAAUAAUGGGCGAGAAUUUUACGGAACACGAAAUGAUUACAAUUGCCAGAGCAUAUUCAUCUAACUGUAUUGAAGAACGUUUCAGUCGCGAUGCCAUCCGUGCUAUAACAUUGACUGAAUUGAAACGUCUUUUGUGGGAUGAUCACAAGAGACUUAAAGAAUAUUUCCUACUCAGAGAUCCUUCCCGAUGCGGUGUGAUCCCCGAAAAGGAGCUCUACACUUUACUGAGAGGUUGUCGAAUUCCACUCGACGUUCAGCUACUAGAGAAGAUUUUCAAAGUAUUGAAAAGAGAUGAAAAGGGCUUUAUUUACUACGAAGAUUUCCUGGAUUUUAUCAACAGGAGAAUCUGCCCGACAGCUGAUACAAUUCCAAUUAAUAUUAAGAGUGAACUUUGGUGGGCGACUGAGAAGGAACCGGAUGUUGGAAAAUUGAUCGAUUGGUGUGCUUUCAAUAAUGCUCUGAAUUUGGAAAGCAUCUUCAAGGAGCAACCUCCACCACCGACACUCAAAGAUCUCCAACAUAAUAAAUAA